CAUAUGGGGCUGUGGCUCAGUUUACUGUUUUUAGGCAAUGUAAAGUUGUCUCUUGAUUUUUUUGUUUUGCCAGGUCUCAGCUCCAUGAGGUGAUAGCUCAAAGAUAAUUUGUCAUCUUCCCCUUAGAAGGAGGCUGGGGUGAAGGGAGGUAGCUUUGCUGCUAGGACAUGCUGGAUGCAUUCACCAGAGUCCAGCUCCCUCUUGUGGGAGAUACGCAGCCAGAACUCCCCAGGAGGAGAGUGGGGAGAUGGAUACAGCAUCCACAGGGAAUCUGGUUCUGUGCCCUGGUUUUCUCUGCACCCUUCUGUUGAUUCUGGUGCUUGCUGUAGGUUUUACACUCUCAAACAGAAUAGCUUUCACUCUCCAUUAAGUGUCAAAUUCAUGCUUGUGCAUUAAGCAUGGUUCUAGGCCAGGCAGGCCUAGUCUCUUCAGCUGGGCUUGUCUCAAACUGUCCAGUGUCAUGGUAAGAAAUAACCCUCCUUUAGAAAACAAUGAAAUGCAAGCAGCAAGUUAACUAAGGCCCAGGUCACUGAUGGAUUCAUCAGCUAUAGCUAACUGUUCACUACAAAGGGCCUUUAGCUGUUGAGAAACACUGCUUUGUGUUACAUUUUGUGACAAAAGUACAUCAUGCUUUACUUGUUUGCCUUAAUGUGAGUACCUGCUUCAGCUGCUGGCUGAAAUGAACCAGUCAUGCUGUCAUGGGGCACAACAGCUAGAACAGCACUGGCUUAUUUACAAGCAGUGGUUCUGUUUCAGUAAGAAGUGUAGGGCUUUUGACAGUCCAGUCUGGUAUCUUAAAAUGAAGCAUUUUCUGUGGGAGUGGUUUUAGGUCAGAAUGCCAUUUUCAUUCAGUUUUGUACAGCAACUGUCAAGUAAGAUAGUCAGAAAGGUUGUGGGACUUGUUCAGAGCACAAAGGUAUGGCUUCUUACAACUACAGUAGAAUAAUUAUAUUCUUUUUUUUUUUCAGAAUUUGUGUCAUCACCUUGGCAGAAGCCCACCCUCUUCUUCAAAGUGGGAAAACAAUUAAAAACAUUAAUUACCAAAUCAGUGCAAACUGUAGCAGACUCCAGAAUAAGGUCUCCGGGAAGUCAAAAAGGGGAGCUCAGUUUUUAACAGAACUUGCCCCUCUGUGCAGGAUUUCUUCAUCAGAUGGAGAGGAAUACACCAUUUACAGUUGCAUACGAGGGCGGUUGAUUGAAGUAAAUGAGAACAUCCUUAGUAAUCCUGCUCUUCUGCAAGAAAAGCCAUCAACUGAGGGGUACAUCGCAGUGGUUCUACCCAAAUUUGAAGAAAGCAAGAGUAUAACUCAGGGACUUCUGACACAGAAGGAGUAUGAGGAAGUUCUGUUGAAACGCCGUAGUUCUGCUUCAUGAAGUCAAUUCUACACUUCCCGUCUGUGUUUGAUACUAAAUAAGUGACUUUUAUUGUACACUGUGAGUUUUAUAGUACUGGAAAGGCCCAGUGCCAGAUUUUAAAAGUGGAACUAAAUCCUUGAUUCAUAAAAGAAUAAACCAGUUCAAGUA